AUGGUCGAGCACUGUAAGCGCCUCCGCAUCCAAUACCGCCCGAACCCUAGACAAUCCUGGCACCUCCUCAAAAACCUCGGCAAACUCAACGGCGGUCUGAAUGCGGGUAUAGCAAAAGUAUCCUGCAGCAAUUCCUCUGCACGGGGCAUGGUCUUCAUCGAAAAACGAUUUGGCGCCCAAGAAUUCAGGUAUAAAGUGGCCCAUCGCGAAAUCCAGCUGCUGCACCAAGUAAGCGAUCAUAUGAACGUCGUCACGAUGGUGGAUCAUUUCCUCAACGAAGGAGCGCUACAGGCGGCCAUAUACCUCGAAUAA